AUGGAAGGAGAAAACUGUACAGAAGUUUUCCAAUUUCUCCUGCUUGGCCUCUCAGAUGAUCCACAAUUGCAGCACCUCAUCUUUGGGACGUUCUUAUUCAUGUACCUAGUCACAGUCCUCGGGAACUUGCUCAUCAUCUUGGCUUCCAUCUCUGAUUCCCACCUCCACACUCCUAUGUACUUCUUCCUCUCCAACCUGUCUUUUGUAGACAUCUGUUUUACCUCUACCACUGUUCCAAAGAUGCUGGUGAACAUUCAGAAACAGAGCAAAGAUAUUUCGUACAUACAGUGUCUCAUUCAGGCAUAUUUCUUUAUGGUUUUGGCUGGGAUGGAUAAUCUUCUAUUAAGUAUAAUGGCAUAUGACCGCUUUGUGGCCAUCUGUCAUCCCCUAAACUAUACAAUCAUCAUGAACUCUCAAUUCAUCAGCCUCCUAGUUCUGAUUUCAUGGAUCAUAGUUUUAACAGACUCCUUGCUUCAUGUUCUACUGAUAAAGCAACUAAACUUCUCCAGCGUCAUUGAAAUCCCUCAUUUCUUCUGUGAAAUAACAGAGAUACUUAAGGUAGCCAGAUCUGACACUCUCAUCAAUAAUAUCAUUGUAUAUGUGUCUACUGCCCUUCUGGGUGUGUUUCCAGCUUCUGGCAUCCUCUUCUCUUACUUUCAGAUCGUCUCCUCUUUAUUAAAAAUGUCCUCAACUGUAAGCAAAUAUAAAGCCUUUUCCACUUGUCUGUCUCACCUCUGUGUGGUCUGCUUAUUCUAUGGCACAACACUUGGUGUUUACCUUAGCUCUGCUGUGACCCACUCUUCCCAUGGUAGUACUGUGGCAUCAGUGAUGUACACUGUGGUCACCCCCAUGCUCAACCCCUUCAUCUAUAGUCUGAGGAACAAGGAUGUGAAGGGGGCUCUAGGAAGAAUCAUAAGAGCAGGCUCUUAUUCUUGA